AUGUUCGGACUGUUUGGCCUCUGGAAAACCUUCACUAGCGUCGUGUUCUACCUGACCCUGGCUGUCAGCCUGGGGGGGCUGGUGGGCAAUGGGCUGGUGCUCUGGCACCUUGGCCUGCGCAAGAAGGGCCCCUUCUCCAUCUACCUGCUGCACCUGGCUGCCGCAGACUUCCUAUUCCUGGCCUGCCAUGUGGCCUUCUCCAUCGUCCAGGCUGUCCUGGACUCCCAGGACACGCUGUACUUCGUGCUCACCUUCCUGGGCUUUGCAGUGGGGCUCUGGCUGCUGGCCACCUUCAGCGCCGAGCGCUGCCUCUCCGACCUCUUUCCAGGCUGCUACUGGGGUUGCCGACCCCGACACACCUCCGGGGUCCUCUGCACCCUGGGCUGGGUCCUGACCCUGCCAGUCAUUUUGGUGCCUGCUGAUGCCUGUGGCCUGUUGCACAGAGGCAAAGGCCUGCUGGCUUGUCUGCGGUACCAUGUGGCCAGUGUGGCCUGGCUCCUGGCCCUGGCCUGUGUGGCCUGCACGGCUGGUCUGGUCCUCUUCAUCUGGGUGGCCUGCUGCUCGGGGCGCCAGCGUCCCCGCUUCUACGGCAUUGCGCUGGGUGCCACGCUGCUGUUCUUCUUCUGCGGCCUGCCCUUCGUCAUCUACUGGAGCCUUCGGACCCUGUUUGACAUCCUGCCCUUGCUUCCCUUGCUGGCCACCCUCCUGGCCUGCAUCAACAGCAGCUGGAAACCUCUCUUCUACUUCAUUGCCGGCCGGAAGCCUGGGAAAAGAGAGCCUCUGCAGGCUGUUCUGCAGAGGGCCCUGGGGGAAGAGGCCACGCAGGGGCUGUCCCUGCCCCUGGGUCGUGUGUAG